CUAAGUCGACAUUGAAUUCUGGAAUCAACGUGGAUUUUGACUACUAGUUUCGUUUCCAUUAUGUCUUUGAAUCGAACACAAUCAAAAUCGCCAACGUCGAAUAUUAAAUUCGCAUCUCGGACCAAUAUGAUGAAUGCAUCUCAAAAAGUGACGCCAUUAGCUGAAAACUAUGCUGGGGUCCCGGACAAAUUUAGUCACUACCAACAUCAAGUCCAGAAUACGAUAUCUGAGAUGGCCAUUGAAAAGCUUCAGCACACUGUAGCAGAAAAUGCUCUUAAGAGUCAGUUCCAGAUAAAACAACAACUGAGAGAUCAGAACCAUCAAUCUACGAAGUAUGCGAUGCCGCACCUGACAGAAUCUCAGUCGCAAUCGCCAUCCCGACCUCAGUCCCACUCCCACUCGCACUCGCAUUCCCAAUCUGAGGGACAGGACCAGAGCCAGCUACUGCAAAAGCAACAGUGCAGCAAGUCGCCGCUAAGCCUGGGGGCAUCUCAAUCUCACCCCACUGGAAUUGGCAGCAUGCUGUCAAUUAGAAGUGAGCAGCAGCUGUGUCAGAUAUAUAACUCGCAGCAACACUCGGAUUAUAUAAUCUCCGAUUAUAUGGAUAAAAUUUCAACGCGCAUUAGUUUGCUCGAGACAGAGUUGAAGUUCGCGUGGCGGGCAUUGGAUUUACUUUCUACAGAAUAUGGCAAAAUUUGGAUUCGUUUGGAGAAGCUUGAAAACAUAUCAGUAGAACAUCAGUCGGUGGUUAGUAAUUUGAUGGGUUUGAUCAGAGCCGCAAAGCAACAACAGCUUCAGCAUCAGGAGGACAUGGAAGGGCCAGAAACGUUUCUCGCAGAUGAGCAGUUGCUUUCACUGCCAUUGGAAAUGGACGAAAAUGUCAAUAUUGAAAUGGAAAUGAGAGCGCUGCCUUCUAACCAUGACUAUGACAAAAUGAUCAGCUUGGAUGCACUUCAUCCUACAGCUUUGAUAGGACAUCGUGACUCGAAUAUAUUUAUGAAUGCAGCUUGCGCAUUAGAACACAAUCAAGAUGAACUUUUUCUUAGCUACGACAGUGGACCAUUGGAUGACCAAAAUCUGGAUAUCGAACAAAUGGCAAUCAAUUUCGUGAAAACCGACAGAGCCGCAAACGUUUGGCUAUCGGAUGUUGACAUUCACCGCAAAAAACCCCGAAAGAAACUUUAUUCUGAUUCGGAUUUAAUACUUUAUGAGCAACAGCAAACACUAGCAAACAACGCACGUGCAGAAUUACUACAAGAAUUUCUCAAUGGACAACGUGUUUUAACUGAGGUUGCAUCGGCCUCAUCAUCAGCAGUAUUAUCCACUCCGAACAGCUUUCUCAAUUUACCACAAAUGGUUAAUACGGAGGGGCCCCAAAAGACCCAUUCAUAUAGCCAAAGAGUUCAGGAAGGCGAACCCAUCAGACAGACCACCAAUGUUUCCAACGAACUCGAUGAUCUUAUAGAGGAAGUUGAGUUUUUUCGGUUGGCAGCCUCUAAAACAGGGGAAGGGGGAAACCAAGUCCUACCUAUUGAGGAUACUGGAGGAACACAGAUUCUGCUAACAACAGCUAACAAUGAAAUGAAUGAAACCUUUUAUAAAACACUCAAUGAAGCAUAUCGCGACAAUGACUUGAGUUCAGAGAUUUCCAAGAUGGACUCAUUAUUACAAAAUUCCGAGGCUCACGAGCACUCAACAUCUUCCUUAAUGAUGAUCAACGAUGGUAAGAAGGACGUUGUCACAGGCACCAUUAAAGCCGCAAUAAAGGAAGCGACAACUGACUCCAAUACUCAAUCAACCAUUCAUAUUAAUAGAGACUCGAGGAAGCAUCGGAAAAAGAAGCAUCAUAAGAAUGAAAUGGAAAUGAUAAAUAAUUUAAAGUGCAUUCUUGCGCAGUCCCAAUCAACAAGAAGUAUCCAUACCACCUUUUCGACUAAAUUCGACAAAAUCUGUGCAUUGAACGAUACAGUUAGAGAGGAGUCGGAUAAGAAUACAACUCAAAGUGCAAGUGACAAUCGGCGUGAGACAAACAGCUUUGGCUGCUUCUUUGAGGACAAUGUAACUAUUUUAGACAGCAUAACUGAGACCUUGAUAGGGGAAAUCAAUAAAAUUUCUGAUCUUCAGUCACUAAGUGCUUUACAAAUCGGUCAAAUACGGCAGACUAUUUGGGCAGAGGAAACUUUUUUCCAAAGGCUUAACCACGUCGAUAAGAAGUUGACUCUACUGCUACUCAACCCCGUCACCUUGGCUGAGGAGAUGCGACGCCUUCGCAUCACUGAUGCCGAUAAAAAGUUUAUUCUUGUAAUGAAGAAAUUCAAUAAAAAUAUUGACACACUCAAAAAACUAGUUGGCAACUCAUUGGACGAUGAAAAGGACAAGGUAGAUAAAAUUUCAACAUCGUCCAUUCAAGAUCUCACAGCGAAACUAAAUGUGGGCAAUGUUAGUGCACAGCUGCUCCGAAAUAAUUCUGAUCUUGACGAACAACUUAAGCUUUUGGAGACGCAAGAGAUUGAAAUUAAUCGAAAGAAAAAAAUAGUUAAAAUAGUUCAGAGUCAUGGAGCGGAAGUGGAAAAGGACCAUAUCGACAAGCACUUACAGCAUAACAGCAAUUGGGAUUUAAGUGUUGCUCAUGGAGAAAAUGAGAAUUUGUCCAAUUCAUCGAGAAAUAUUUACAAUCAGGAUGAGUACAUCCAGUCCUUAAAGAAAAGCCUGGAACGUCACAAUAGUAUGCUGUUUCUACUUCAUUUGCAAAAUCCUGAUAAACAUAAGGUUACGGCUGAGUUUACCGAUAUAUUAACGGACCAAAGUCGAUCGAGUCCCAGUCCUCCACCACCAGCACCGAACGAUAGUCUGGGGAUCCAUGCGUCGGUGACAGAGAAUACAUUUCGAGGAGGAAUUGAAGCCCAUCAACAGAAACAGGCCAAAUCCGAUUCAGGGCUAUCUUCGAUGAGCGGCUGGUCGCCGAAUUCCCCAGUAACCGUUGGCAUCCAGAACUGUAAUCUGUUUGCUAACAAAAGUAGUGAAAGAAGUUCGGAAACUUUCCAGUUAACAUAUCCUAUAAAGGCCUCAGCAACAGAUUCCAAUUUUAAUAGCACUGACGACAAUUUAAGCCCAAAACAAUGUGAUUAUAAAUUUUCCGAAGAGAACUUGAAUUAUAUUCACGAGCUUUCAAAAAAUAUUCCGAUUUGCUCUGCAUAUGAAAACCAAUCCAUAUUCAAUAUUAAUGAGGCUGCUAAACAAGUCGGAAAAUUUUCCACUGUUGAUGAAAUGCUAGAAUGGGACCAAAAAAAUCAACGGGAUGAACAGGAAGUUUCUACGCAACAAUUACUUAAUAAUGACCGUAUGCCGGACCUGUUAACUAACCAAACUCCGAGUACUACGCCCAAGUCAACCUUCAGGAAGAAUUCAAGAACGGACUCCGAAAUAAACAGUAGUAUAAAUGGGAAUGGAUCUAAGUAUAGUUUUGAAAGAAAUGGUACAGAUCGUGUGGAAAUGCAAGAACAAUCCCGCAAGCCACACUUGACAGAUAGACUUGUCUACUAUCCAUCCUCGAACAGUAUCACCGACUACAACAGCAGCAACAAUUUAGACUACUUAGGACAUCAGCAGCAAGACCAAUCACAAUAUAUGACGCAGCAUAGAGCUACCAAUUUUCCCCUUCCCAAGCUUCAAUCCUCUUCAGUUACAGUUCCUGCUCCUGUUCCAGCAGUUGAUUAUACUGUCAGUCAGCGUGCUUUAGCGCAGAUUAAUGGUGCGAAACGGUUCGAAUGUGAGGAAAUCUCGGCAGUCCCACCUGUCACCAUAAAGUCACCGAGGGUAUGGCAUAAAUUAAAUACAUUUUUGCCAGAAAAUCUAAAGUUCAAGCGCUCAGCUAAGUACAAUCGAUCACAGUCAUUACCCGGUGAUGUACAAAGUCAAGGCAAUCAGAGACAAGCCCGUGGCCAGGCAGGCUCGUAUCCGUUAAUUUCAUAUAAGCGUCCUAUUGGAAACGGAAGUCACAGACAGCUAUCCAAACGUUUACAGAAGCUCCCGAUGCGUCUUAUGCAAAAAGCGGCGGCUACGCACUCUGUGCGUUUGUCAGACUCCGACUCAGCUGAAGGUGCAGCUGACGCUAGUACUGGAGCACCGAAGAAGCGCUCAUUUUCAUCUAAGAUGAACAAUUUAAUGCAAAAAGCAAAGACUUAUAAACGGAACAGCAGUGUCCUGCGCCGCGGCUCUAAUAUGUCAGAUACCGAACUAGAUGUGCCAGGCUUUACUUCAUCGGAUAACGAGGAUUGUUCUUUAUAUGAGUGUCAAAUGAAUCAACAAGAUAUAUCUAAGGGGAUUGGGGUUAAUCCGAGAACAAAUCAAACUGAAUGCCAUAAAGAUUUUGAUGAUGAUUUUGAUGUGCCACCCCAACACUCUGGCAUCUAUGAUGUUGGCCUCGGAAUUGAAAUUGAUAGUCCCAAUCUGUUCGCUGUCGUUGGGAACCUCAAAAAGUUACAGCUUACACCAACGGAGGCCACCCCAUCCACGUCGUCUAAGCUUUUAGAACGUGACAAAAUGCGUAAUAAUGUGGAAAUAUUUAUAAAGAUGCCAGAGAUUCUCUUGGAAACCAGUGAGAUGCCAAUAUGCACUUCAACAGACAAAUAUUCAACAGCUCAGCCACAGGCAAGCCUUCAGAAAAUAAGCUCAAUCUAUAUUGAUGAUGAGAUCUACGACGUUUCUCCCUUUAUCGAAGUAUCCGAUAAUACUGAAACAAAUGUCCCAACCUCGAAAAUGGCCAAAAUCGAAACUACACUAGCUUCUACAGCAGGCACGCCUACCAAAACCACAGCGACUAACAGCCGAGGUGGGGGAGUCUGGGUUGCACAGCAAUCCUUGGACAUUCCAAGCAAUCUAGGUUAUGGGUCACGAGAAGAUGACGACUGUCGUAGUCAGCAUUCCGGUCGCACACUCUCGUCUUCUCGUCGCCAAAGCACCGAAGAUAGCAUCGACACAGACGAUGAAUACUUUUGCUAUGAGCUUCGCCAGCUCGAGCAACUGGAGCAUCAACGAACAGCGCAUGCUGAUAACAUAACCAGCAAGCAAAGUGCCGACAAUCAAGUGGUUUUCUCGCAGAUUGGACAGCUGUUGGAUAGCGAAGUGCCCGGGGAACAUUUUGACUUUGCAGAAGCGGAGGUAUCCCAUAUUUAUUCACCAGAUGAAAGUGUAAAGCUGCGGAUGUCUAAAGUAUUAGAUGAACUGAAGUACUCAGUUAAAUUAGAGCCAGAAAUUAAUUAUGGCAGUUAUUUGAAUACAGCAGCCAACACAGGGGAAGCAUUAACAAAGUCAAAACCAGUACGGGACAGGUUCGAAAUUGUCUGUGACAUGCACAGCGCUUGGCAGGAUGUCAACGGUGAUUUUCAGCAAGCAACAUCUGAUAUGGAAUCUCAAGAGGAUACCGAGAUGGCUGCUAAGGAAGGGGAAGUGGCAACUUUGCUUCGUGAAAAAGAAAAAACACAGCAAUUGAAGCGAUUAAAGAAGCGGAAACGUGUCCCAAAAACAAAUAAACAUGAUAAUAAGGCCAACACAAGUUCAUCCUCUGCUUCCGAAAAUGAGUCCGAGCAGAAUCAACGAUAUAUCACUGACGCGGUAUCAGUAUCAGACAAACAUAUUUCCCUAGAAAUAUUUCAAGGAUCAUCGGCAUCUAGCGCGACAUCAGGGCCCGAUACGCCAGCAGAGUUGAGUGAUGACAUGGAAAAGGACUUGAUCAUUGAAGGAGAGAGUCAUAACAGAAGCAGUGGUAUGUCUGGAAAGGGUGUAUUUACAAUAGAACACCGACAAUCGGGGGACAUGUUCAAUACUAUGUCCCCAAAUGAACAUGACCCAGUGUCAGUAACCACAACCAUACUUGCUCAACCAAUUGAUCAAUGCAACAAAGAGACAUCGUCUCCUCAGAGUGAUCGGGGAUCAUUUUCGUCUCAGCCGCGCCCAAUGAAGUUAAUAAGUCAAGAAUCAAGUGUCGAGGGAUCCCAGGUGAUAGGCAGUAAUGGCGCCACGGCAGGUCUUGGCAGCAGUAAGUGGAAGUUGCUUAAAACUUUAAAGGAGCGUAAGAUCGAGGAGAAAAACAAUCAGGACAAAAUUAAAGAAGAAGAAAUGACCAAAGACCGGGAGAAGAAUGGUGGUGGAACUGGAGAUGUUGGAAUACGUGCCAAUGGACAUCCCGGCGAUAACCCUUUCUAUAGCAAUAUCGACAGUAUGCCAGAUAUACGGCCCCGUCGAAAGUCUAUUCCCCUUGUUUCUGAAUUGGUGCUCAAGACUAUGGCUGCCACAAAACGAAAUGCCGGACUCACAUCAGCUGUUCCCCGGGCAACGCUUAAUGAUGAAGAGCUGAAAAUGCACGUGUACAAAAAAGCACUUCAGGCUCUGAUCUAUCCCAUAUCAUCUACAACACCGCACAACUUUUUACUAUGGACGGCCACGUCACCAACAUAUUGCUACGAGUGUGAAGGCCUUCUUUGGGGAAUAGCACGUCAGGGAGUGCGAUGCACAGAAUGUGGUGUGAAGUGCCAUGAGAAAUGUAAAGACCUGUUAAAUGCCGACUGUCUUCAGCGUGCUGCCGAGAAGAGUUCAAAACACGGUGCCGAAGAUAAAGCCAAUUCCAUUAUUACCGCUAUGAAAGAGCGCAUGAAGCAACGCGAGCGAGAAAAGCCCGAAAUUUUUGAGUUGAUUAGAGCCGUAUUCAGCGUUGAGGAAAAGAGUCACACCGGUCAUAUGAAGGCUGUAAAACAGAGCGUCCUGGAUGGCACAAGCAAAUGGUCGGCCAAAAUAGCAAUCACAGUGAUUUGUGCUCAAGGCCUGAUAGCGAAGGAUAAAAGCGGUACCAGUGAUCCAUAUGUGACGGUGCAGGUUAGCAAGGUGAAAAAACGAACGCGAACAAUGCCGCAGGAACUUAACCCUGUGUGGAACGAGAAGUUUCACUUCGAGUGCCAUAAUUCCUCUGACCGCAUAAAAGUUCGCGUUUGGGAUGAAGACAAUGACCUUAAAUCGAAACUUCGUCAAAAAUUGACUCGAGAAUCAGACGAUUUUUUGGGACAAACCAUAAUUGAAGUUCGUACGCUCUCCGGGGAAAUGGAUGUUUGGUAUAAUUUAGAAAAACGAACGGAUAAGUCAGCAGUUUCAGGUGCAAUUAGACUUCACAUAUCCGUUGAAAUAAAGGGUGAAGAAAAGGUUGCUCCAUACCAUGUCCAAUAUACAUGUCUGCACGAGAACCUGUUUCAUUAUCUGUGUGAAGAAAAUAGCGGAAUGGUUAAAUUGCCAACGCAAAAGGGUGACGAUGCAUGGAAACUCUAUUUCGAUGAGAUCCCCGAGGAAAUUGUCGAUGAGUUUUCAAUGCGCUACGGUAUCGAAAAUAUCUAUCAAGGAAUGACGCAUUUUCAUUGCCUUUCUGCGAAGUAUCUUUGCCCUGGUGUACCCGCCGUGAUGAGCACACUGUUGGCCAACAUCAAUGCGUAUUACGCUCAUACCACAGCUUCUUCUGCUGUCUCUGCUAGUGAUCGGUUUGCAGCUAGCAAUUUUGGGAAAGAGAAAUUUGUCAAAUUGUUGGACCAACUACAUAAUUCUCUCAGAAUUGACCUGUCGAUGUAUAGAAAUAACUUUCCUGCCUCGAGUCCUGAAAAGUUAAUGGACCUUAAGUCUACUGUCGAUCUACUGACCAGCAUAACAUUUUUCCGCAUGAAGGUACAAGAGUUGUCCAGCCCACCGAGAGCGAGUACUGUUGUUAAAGAUUGUGUGAAGGCUUGUCUAAGAUCCACGUAUCAAUUCCUGUUUGAAAACUGCUACGAACUUUACAACAGAGAGUUCCAGGUGGAUCCAAACGAAGCAAAGCGUGCUCCAGACGACCAUGAGCCAAAACUGGACAGCGUAGACUUCUGGCACAAGCUAAUUGCACUUAUUGUAUCGGUCAUCGAUGAGGACAAAAACAGCUAUGGCACUGUGCUAAAUCAAUUUCCCCAGGAACUUAAUAUUGGACAGCUGUCUGCAUCGUCAAUGUGGCAUCUUUUUGCUGUGGACAUGAAGUACGCAUUGGAGGAGCACGAACAACAUCGUCUCUGCAAGUCUUCGGCGUACAUGAAUCUCCAUUUUCGCGUUAAAUGGCUGUAUAGCAACUAUGUCAAGGAGGUUCCGCCCUACAAAGGAGCCGUACCUGACUAUCCAGCAUGGUUCGAGCCUUUUGUGAUGCAGUGGUUAAAUGAGAACGAUGAUGUUUCAUUGGAAUACCUUCACGGGGCGUUCAAUCGGGAUAAAAAGGACGGGUUUACGAAGAGCAGCGAGCACGCUUUGUUUUCAAAUUCGGUAGUCGACGUUUUCACGCAAUUGACGCAAUGUUUCGAUGUUGUUAGCAAGCUCGAGUGUCCUGAUCCAGAAAUUUGGAAACGUUACAUGAGGCGUUUUGCUAAAACAAUCGUAAAAGUGCUAAUAGCCUAUGCAGAUAUUGUGAAAAUUGAGUUUCCAGAGCAUAUGAGGGAUGAAAGAAUUGCCUGCAUACUUAUGAACAACAUACAGCAAUUAAGAGUACAGUUGGAGAAAAUGUUUGAGUCUAUGGGUGGGGAUAAGCUGGAAGAGGACGCAGCCAAUAUACUAAAAGAGCUUCAACAGAAUCUUAAUUCUGCACUGGACGAUUUGGCCUCACAGUUUGCCAUUAGUUUGGAGCCUCGAAUAACUCAGUCGGUGCGUGAACUAGGUGACAUGCUGCUGUCUAUUAAAGGAGGCUGUGGAAAUCUGACAGCUGGUAACCAAGCCGCACAGCGUAACGCUGUCGCCGUUGAGGCCGAUGACGUUUUGAGGCCGCUUAUGGACUUGCUUGAUGGUUCAUUGACACUUUAUGCGCAGUCUUGUGAAAAGACGGUACUAAAACGACUUUUAAAAGAACUCUGGAAAAUCGUAAUGCGAAUAUUGGAAAAAACUAUUGUUUUGCCACCAAUGACUGAUAAAACUAUGAUGUUUAAGCAUCUUACUGACAAUGCAAAAAACCUUGCAUCCAACGCAAAAAUAGAAGAUAUGGGUCGUUUGUUUAAGUCUCAUAUGGCUGGAAAACAGGAUGUUAAAAGUGCGCUUAGCGGUGUCAUGGACAUAUCAAAGGAAGUGGAAAAAAAUUUAUCGCCUAAACAAUGUGCUGUACUCGAUGUUGCCUUAGAUACUAUAAAACAAUAUUUCCACGCCGGUGGCAAUGGACUGAAAAAGACGUUUCUUGAGAAAUCUUCAGAGCUUCAAAGUCUACGAUACGCACUCAGUUUGUAUACGCAAAUGACCGACACACUUAUCAAAACCUUUAUAUCUAGUCAAGUUCACGAAGUUGAUCCUGAAAAUGCAGAGGAAAGUGUCGGCGAAAUUUCAGUACAAAUAGACUUAUUUUCCCACCCAGGCACAGGUGAACACAAGGUGAAUGUGAAAGUGGUGGCUGCUAAUGAUCUGAAAUGGCAAAUACCAUCUGGAAUGUUCCGACCAUUUGUUGAGAUCAACUUGAUUGGGCCGCAUCUACAGGAAAAGAAGAGGAAGUUUGCAACCAAGUCAAAGUCAAAUAACUGGUCGCCUAAAUACAAUGAAUCAUUUAGCUUCGCUAUUGGUAAUGAGGAACAGCUGGACUUUUUCGAGUUGCAUAUUUGCGUUAAGGACUAUUGUUUUGCCCGUGAUGAUCGACUUGUCGGCGUGGCAGUUAUCCCGCUCAAAGACAUAUCGGAAAAGGGAUCUGUCGCCUGUUGGUUACCUUUGCAGAGACGCAUAGAAAUGGACGAGACGGGUUGGACAAUUUUACGGAUUCUAUCACAACGUAAUAAUGAUGAAGUCGCCAAGGAAUUUGUUAAGCUGAAAUCAGAAAUACGUCAGGAACCAACAGUGGGUACUUAAGUAUCCAGACUGGCUAAGAAUCAACUCUACACAUAUAAAUACAAACAUAUAUACAUACAUCUCUAUAAAUGAACCUUAUAAUAAUAAUUUCCUUAGUUUAAAGAAGUCCAUAUAAUUUCGUAAAACUACAGAAAUACAGAACAUAAUAAUACCUGCAUACCUAUCAAUCGCAAAUAUAACCCAUCAUAUACAAGAAAAUACAUUACAAAUAUAAAUAUUUCUCUAAAUGAUAUGAUAUUAUAAGUGAUCGUUAUUGAAUUAUCUAUCGAAUUCACAAAAAUUACAUACAACAAAUGGAAAUAGUACGAGCGUACAAGAACAGUUCAACUGCAUUUUAUUUACUCUGUGGCAUACAAAAUGUACUUAACAUUUCUGCAGACCGAAAUUAUGUUUUAAACCUAAAAAACCAGCAUACACUACAUACAUACAUUCACGUACAUUAUAUGUAUAUAUAUACCUAUGAGACUCCACAACGCCACUCACUGUCGUUCCCCUAACCUCAGAAACCAACAUCACUCAAAUAUUUAAAUUAGACUUUGUUAUCAGAUGACAUAAUUUAUGUUAUGUUAGAAUAAAAGAAAGAAGAGAAAAGAAAUAUAAAAAAAAAUUACACUUUGCAGCCAAUGCUGAUUCAAUUCGAUGGCCAAAUACAUACAUACAUGUAUGUUUUGAUAUAAAAAUGUUGUUUGAGAGUUGUUGAGGGGUGUAGAGCGAAACUGAGCAGGGGACGGAGCCCACUACCCUAUACAUAUAUAUAACAUAUAUAUUUAUGACAAUGCGGCAAAUCUGCUGAUAUAAAUACAUAUGUGUUAACAACUGUUAAUGGCUUCAUAAUCAUCUGUACAUUUGAAUUACACUCACACGCACAUUCCUAUUUAUGUAAAUAAGUACCUGUAUAAAUAUAAAUUGGUAAUUCUGAAAUAUUUGUUAAAGAUACUUCACAUGCACAAAAAGUCCAUGUGAAUCAUUAUUUUUUUCUAUUGUAAUAAAAGAGGUAUUAACGAAAGCAUUGCAAUAAAUAUCUAACUUGCCUAAUUUCAA